AUGGAGGCAGAGGAAGACAAUGUGAAGAAGUCAUUGUACAAGACACCGGAGAGGGCCAAUCAAAGUGGCCCCUCUUUGACUGCUGCAAUCUUCCAUCUCAUCUCCGAUCACGCACACGCAGCCCAAUCCACCAGAUGGUUUUCAGGCAUUUAUAGCUGGUCUUGUUCACCGAACCUUAAGCGCGCGUUCACAGACGAUUUGUCAGAUACGUUUUUCGGAGACAACACUUUAAAAGAAAGGGAAACUAGCUGUAGCGCCCUUUUGGUGUCUAGCUACCAUGCCACCCGAAUGAAGCACGAGGGCUGGGAUACUACCAGGUUUCUCAAGCCUAGACAGGAGAAGUCAAGAGGCAGAGGUCGGGUUCGAACCUCGGACUUCCGCUCAGUAAAAUCGUGCUCUAACCACUGA